UAAACGAUGCAACGUACGUCUCUUAAUUUUAACGGUCGUUCAAUUUAAAAAGUGCGGGGCUUUGUUUCGGUUAAAAAAUGUGAAAUUUCCUAAUUUUUUUUUUAACUAUACUAAAAUGUCGGAAAAACUAAAAGACUAUCAAGUGCUUGACGUUUUUUGCGACGGCUCAUAUAAAGUAAGGCACAAGGUCACAAAUAGUAUACAUUUGUGGAAGGCUUACAAUUGCUCCUCCUUCUCCGAUGAACAAUUACAAAACGUGGAUAAUGAAGUGAAAAUAUUGAGCAAAGGUUUAUCUGGCAACUUCUUACGUUACUACGAUACGAUAUUACAUGGUCCGACUAAGACACUCUACUUUGUUCUCGAAUACAAUUCUUGGCAGAGUCUUGAGGAACUGAUCGCACAAUGCAAGACGCACAACAAGCAUUUUGCAGAGAGUUUUAUAUGGUAUUUACUGCUGGAGUUGGCUCGUUUAUGCAAGACGGUCGAAACUCUAAAUUUCGUUGCUUUGAAGAAAAGUAUAAAACCAACUUCGAUUUUCGUCAGUGAGGAUGGUGAUUUGCGAAUAAAUUGUUUCGAACUAUUCGAAGAAUCUCUUGGGUCUAAUCUAAUGCAAGAAAUUGGAGAAGUUAUACGAACAUUGUGUUACCUGCCUGGAGCUACCGAUUACAAAAUCCGCGAGUUUCGUUACAGUGACGACCUUCAGGAUGUUAUAAGUUUCAUAACAGAUGACAAAAAUGCCAACCUCCGCCCUGACGUCGUACUUUACCAUCCUACUGUACUUACAAAUACAGAAAGUGUAACAGGUCUUACACUCAAAAGUAUUCUUAUGUCAAAUGAAGUCUCAGGAAAAGUUUCAGAAGGAAACAAGUGUGAUUCUGAAAAGGCUGUUGAACAGAUGAGAAUGGUUGAACCCCUUCCAAGAUCCCACUUUAAUGGUAAUGUCAGCCCUAUGUAUUGUAAUUUGAGUCCGAAAUGGAAGUUGAAUACAGAUAGUGCUGGUGCGAAAUCUCCUAUAAUGUCACCCAUGUCUCCUACUAUUGCUGCCCUAGCACUGGAGCUACCAGGUUUCGUCCCACGCUGUAGGAAGCCAUAUACAGAAGCCUUGGAAAUGUACAAUGUUCCUCGGAAAGUUUCAGAAGAAACACUGAGUCAACAAUGGAUGUCUAGACUUAUUGCUCUGAGGCAGAGAGAAGAAUCAUUAAAUGUUAGAGAGAGAAAUCUCAUUGCAAAAGAAAUUGUAAAUAGCCCAAGUAUUGAAAUGGCAGGUCAUGAGGAUUCCGAGGAAGAGUGCCAUAUGGAAAGCAAUGGUAUAACAUUGCCACCACUGUUUACACAAGCUAAUGGAGAUAGAAACCAGCGGCGCCAAAAAAGAUCAUGCUCGGUCAGAACUAGGAGCAGAAGAAAGAGUUAUGCUUAUGAAGACCUGGACAGCUCCUUGUCAGCAGAUCCUGGGGACAGCAGCAUUAUCAUAACAGCUGCUAAGAUCACUAAAGACAAUAUGCCUCACAGGAAUAUAUUUCCUGAAACUUCCUCUAAGAAAGUUCACUUCACCUCCAGCAAUCCCUUUGUUGAGAGUGAUGACAGUGUUACAUUGACAUUUUAUGAGUUGGAGAAUGUGAACCCCGGUCUAUCCAAAACCAAACCGAAAGAGAAGAUUCUAGAUGAUAUAACAAAGUUCAAGUAUUUAGAUUUGGAGAAAAUCACAUCUGAGAAAAGAGCUGCCCUGCAGUGGAAUCAUUCGUCUCCAUCAAAACAGGCAAAGGUAUCAGGAAAAGUGUUCAGUGAUAUUACAAACAAGGGUCUGAGGAAAACUCCGUCCAGGAGCAGUGUUACAUCAAAGAGUAGUGUUGUGUGUAGAAGUGCUGUAUCUAAAAACCAGUGGUGUGGUGAAUCAAAGGUAAGUCCAGAGAGUAUGGAAACCCUGUCAGAUCACAAGAUGCAGUUAUCCCUGACUCCUAAAGCGCCACCUGACAUAAAGAAGUCUCGCAGGAAGUCUCUGUUGCCUUUUAAAACACCAUUUAAAUUUAAGACUUCUACUAAAGUGUAAUUUUUUUACUCUUGAGAUGCAAUUCAUUUCAUAAAUAUCAUUUAUAAGUAUAAUAGUAUAGGAACACUGGUUGUGGUAUCUUGAGCUUCUGGUAGUCAGUAAGUCUGUUAAGUUAGUUCAAUAGUUCCCAUUUUACACAAGUUUAAAAUGAAUAUAUUUUUUUUAUUUUAUAUUUGUAUAUAAGAAUGAUACGGACAAAAACCCACCCUAAUCUUAGUUAGUAGAAUGAAAUUGUUUUAUAAUAAAAAUUAUUAUAAAAUGUUAUGUGAAAUGUCUCAAUUUAUUGAAUAGAAUAUAUAUUAUGUUAAGAAUAUUAUUUGUAGUGCCCUGACACUGUCUCUAUGGUGUUGGUCUAGAACCCAUUAGUCUAUGGUCUUCCAUCUAUCUUCAUUAUAUAUUAAUUAGUAAUAUGUUAUCUGUACUAUUGGAUAAAGAUUUUUUGAGGCCAUACUUGUAGCUGUAGGUGUGUUAGUUGUGUAGCUCCUAUAUUUAGUUAUAUGUAAUGUUUUAGAAUAACUGGGAUUAUAAA